AAUAAAACUGAUCGAGGAAAAUGAAAAGAAAAACAUCCUAAAACAAAAAGAAAAGCAGGAGCCGAACCCCGAACCCGUGAAUUGAAGACGGUAUUGGGCCGGCGCAACCUUUAUUGAUCAGAGGCCCUAAAGUAUCUACACGGAGCUCUGAUCUGAUCCACCAAUUGCACUUCUUUGUUUUCCAAUCUUAAAUUAAGAUCCAAACCUCUCGCCCAAAUCAGCCGUACCUAACCUCACGCGCCACCGCCAUGUCCACUCCACCGACGACGCUCCCCGUCACCAAUCAGCAAGCUGUUCAAUCUCAGCCGCCAAUCAACACUCCCGCCUUCCGUACCUUCUUCUCACGCCUCUCCACCUCGAUCCGCGACGGCUUAUCACAACGCCGCCCAUGGGCGGAGCUCGUCGAUCGGAGCUCCAUGGCGCGACCUGAAUCCCUCACCGACGCUUUGUCCCGGAUCCGGAAGAAUCUCGCCUACUUCAAGGUGAACUACGUCGCCGUCGUCUCCCUCGUCCUCGCCUUCUCCCUUUUCUCGCAUCCUCUCUCCCUCCUCGUCCUCGUGGGCCUCCUCGCCGGGUGGAUGUUCCUCUACCUCUUCCGUCCGUCAGAUCAGCCGCUCGUCGUCUUCGGGCGCACCUUCUCGGAUCGAGAGACUCUCCUGGCUCUCGUCUUGUCUACGAUCGUUGUAGUGUUUAUAACGAGCGUUGGAUCGCUUUUGACGUCCGCGUUGAUGAUUGGAGUCGCGAUUGUUUGCGUUCACGGUGCGUUUGUGGUUCCGGAUGAUCUGUUCAUGGACGAUCAAGAGCCUGCUAACGCUGGGUUACUCUCCUUCCUUGGUGGCUCUGCUACUUCGGCUGCUUCAGCUGUUGCGGCGAGAGUUUAAACCUAGAGAAGAGGUAAGAGGUUUCUCUUGACAAUUGUUGUUGUUUCAUCUUCUAAUCUGGGAUUUGUGUUAUGAUGUUAAGCAUAUGGAAUCAUUUUACCUUUGGUUAUAUUUCUGAUCAUUUGGUUUGUAUAAUUUGGAGUUAGAAUCUUUCAUGUUUUGUGGUUGGAACAGACAUGACUAUCUUGGUUCUGCUUUUGUCCCAAGUUGAUCGAAAGCUAUGUUUGUUCAUUA